AUGCCACACAAACGACAGCUCAAAUCCAAGAGGGAAGAGAUGCGCAGAUCGUCCGCAGACGACGGUCCUGUCUACUUUUGGAAACCGGAACAGGAAAACGGGUUCCUUGGCCAGUGGUACGAAUCUAAAUUCACUGUCACUCAGCCGGGCGACGAAGACGAUGCUAAGAAUGUCGAGAUUACGUAUAUGAAUUGUGAACACUACAUGAUGCACCGCAAGGGCGUACUCUUCGCCCCAGACGAUAGCAUCACUCAGGAAAUCGCCUCCGUUGAUAAGCCCGUCCCGCACCCCAGCACCCUCCGGAGUCUUGGUCGCAAAGUCCCCAACUUCGAUGAAAAGCUCUGGAACAAGGAGCGCUUACGAAUCGUGGUGGAAGGGAAUUAUUUGAAAUUCACCCAAAAUGAGGACCUAAAGGCCCAAUUGCUAGCAACGGGUGAUAGAGAACUUAUUGAAGCCAGUCCCCGCGAUAGGAUAUGGGGAGUGGGAUUCGGGGCCAAAAAUGCAGGUGCCAUGCGACAUCGAUGGGGACUGAAUCUACUGGGAAAAGCCCUUAUGGAGGUGCGAGAGAGGAUUCGAAGUGAACAGCAAAAGACACCGGUGGAUUCGGAUGGUAUUGAGGGCUCGAAAGCGAAGAGAAUGAAAGUAUGA